AUGCCUCGGGGUCAGAAGAGUAAGCUCCGUUCCCGUGAGAAACGCCGAGAGACCCAUGGUCAGCCGCAAGAUCUCACGGGUCCCCAGGUCACUGCAGAGAAGGAAGAAGAGUCUCGCUCUUCCUCAUCCUCUUCUGCUGUUUGUCGGGGUGCUCGUCGUAGGUCUUCUGAUUCCUCUGUUCCUCAGGAGUCUCAGGGAACUUCACCCACUGGCUCUCCUGAUGCAGGUGUUUCAUGCUCAAAAUCUGAUGUGGCUGCCAAGGGUCAAGAUGAGAAAAGUCUAGGCACCUCCCCUGAUGCCUCCGUUCCUCCAGAGACUCAGGGAGCUUCACCCACUGGCUCGCCUGAUGCAGAUGUUUCAGGCUCAAAAUCUGAUGUGGCUGCCAAGGGUCAAGAAGAGGAAAGUAUAAGCCCCUCCGUGAGAACUGCGUUUUUUACAACCACAGACCGAGAUCCUCUAAACAGGAAGGCGAGCAAGAUGGUGCAAUUCCUGCAGGAGAAGUUUGAGAAGAAAGAGUCCAUUUUGAAGGCAGACAUGCUGAGGCGUGUCCGCAGACAGUACAAGCCUUGCUUCCCUGAGAUCCUCAAGAGAACCUCCGAACGUUUGGCGGUGGUCUUUGGCGUUGAAUUGAAAGAAAUGGAUUCCAGCGGCGAGUCCUAUACCCUUGUGAGCAAGCUGGGCCUCCCCAGUGAAGGAAGUCUGAGUGGUGAUAAUGCGCUGCCGAAGUCGGGUCUCCUGAUGUCGCUCCUAAGUUUGAUCUUCAUGAAAGGCAACCGUGCCACUGAAGAGGAGGUCUGGGAGUUCCUGGGUGAGUUGAGGAUAUAUGAUGGGAUCCUGCACUCAAUCUAUGGGGAUGCCCGGAAGAUCAUUACUGAAGAUUUGGUGCAAGAUAAGUACGUGGUUUACCGGCGGGUGCACAACAGUGAUCCUCCACGCUAUGAGUUCCUGUGGGGUCCACGAGCCCAUGCUGAAACCACCAAGAUGAGAGUCCUGCGUGUUUUGGCUGAGAUCAAUAAAAGCAGUCCCGGUUUAUACCCACAUCUGUAUGAAGACGCUUUGAUAGAUGAGGUAGAGAGAGCAUUGAGACUGAGAGCUUAAGGCAGGGCUGGCACUAUUCCCUUGGCCAGGGCACCUUAUGGGGCCACAUCCUACAGAUCCUCCCAUUCUGAAGUAGAAAUUUUGCUUUAUGUUAGAAGAGAGUAGUGAGCUUUCUAAGUAGUGCAGUAUAGUAGAGGCUGGAGGGAACAAGAUAUGUCUCUUUCUUUUGUCUUGUUAUACAUGAGUAACUUGUAGAUUUAUGUUUUAUUUCUUUGUCAAUUUUCAAGAUUGUUCCUGUUAAGUGAAAGUUUAUUUUGCUUCAGAUUAUACAAUUAUCAAAAACGUAGCUCUCACAUUCAUGGUUGUUUAACCAAUUUGAAAGUUACAGUUUGGGUAUUAAUAAAACAAAAUCACACAACAUAUUUUCGUUGUAAUUCAGAACUAGAUAACAUGGUAAUAGAAAAUGGAUUUUGAUAUGAAUCUUAAAGAACUCCACAAUAAAAUAGUUGACAUCAUAAUAUGAUGAGAAAGAAAAGGAAAAACAGAAAUGUAAAAGUUGUUUAAUUCUUGGUUUGCCUAAUUCCUUUUCCUAUUUCUUUUAGUAUUAAUAAAGGAUACCUGGAUUUAUUUAGGUUAUUAAGACUGCCGUUUGUUUUGUUCUAGUGCACUUCAUAUUCUAUGUUAUCUACUGCAUCAAAAAGCCUUUCUGAUUGCAGGGUGGUAUUUUCUGGGUUUAAAAUAAUCACAUGAAAUGCAGUGAUCAAUAGAAGCCAGAAUGAGUUCACUAAAAACCUUCUUGAAAAAAGGCGGCUACAUUCAAAGAACUUGCAUAGGCUUAAAUUCUCCCAAAUAGUUUCAAGAUGUGGUGAUUUUGUUUCUUAAUACAUCUUUAGGAAAAUUAAAAAUUAAUAAUUUAUGUAAAAACA